GCACUCGGAGCAAGGCAACUUUCCGGGCUGCAGGCUGCUUCUCCUCCAGCAGCAGGAGCAGCAGCAGCAGGCUGAGUGCAGGAGCGCAGCAAUUAAGCAGGAGCCCCCGGCCCCUAUCCCUCCCUCCCUCCCCCCACCUCCCACCACCUCCAGUCACCCCUCCCCCCAAGUUCCCCCCCGCAUCUCCCUCGGGAGCCCAGGAGCAGCAAUGAAGAGAAGUCUGACCAUGAACAAAUUUCUGCCUUCAGCCCUUAUUAGUCUGGCGUUGGUUGUCUCCUGGCUAGCAGGAAGAGGGGAACCUGGUUCAGUGGAAGAUGAAGCAAGGGACAACAUCACUAUCUUUACAAGAAUUCUUGACCGACUCUUGGACGGCUAUGACAAUCGGUUGAGACCAGGAUUAGGAGAAAGAAUAACAGAAGUCAAGACAGACAUCUAUGUGACAAGUUUUGGACCUGUAUCAGACACAGACAUGGAAUACACAAUCGAUGUGUUCUUUCGACAAAGUUGGAAAGAUGAAAGACUUAAAUUUAAAGGCCCAAUGAACAUUCUUCGAUUGAACAACCUGAUGGCCAGUAAGAUAUGGACACCAGACACAUUCUUUUAUAAUGGCAAGAAGUCAGUGGCACAUAACAUGACCAUGCCAAACAAGCUGCUACGAAUCCAAGAUGAUGGGAAGCUUCUGUACACAAUGAGGCUUACUGUCCAAGCAGAAUGUCCAAUGCACUUGGAGGAUUUUCCAAUGGAUGCACAUGCUUGUCCCUUGAAAUUUGGGAGCUAUGCGUAUACAAGUACAGAGGUGAAUUACAAUUGGACCAAUGAGCCAGCAAAAUCUGUGGUCGUCGCAGAAGAUGGCUCACGCCUGAAUCAGUAUGAUUUGUUGGGACAAACUGUGGGUGAAGAACUUGUCCAGUCCAGUACAGGGGAAUACAAAGUCAUGACAACGUACUUCCACCUGAAGAGAAAAAUUGGCUAUUUUGUGAUCCAGACCUACCUGCCAUGUAUCAUGACUGUCAUUCUUUCACAAGUGUCAUUUUGGUUAAACAGAGAAUCAGUGCCUGCAAGGACUGUCUUUGGAGUUACAACAGUGCUUACAAUGACAACUCUGAGCAUCAGUGCUCGAAACUCGCUUCCAAAAGUUGCAUAUGCAACCGCCAUGGACUGGUUUAUUGCUGUCUGCUAUGCCUUUGUGUUCUCUGCAUUAAUAGAAUUUGCCACAGUAAAUUAUUUUACAAAACGAGGCUGGGCUUGGGAUGGCAAAAGUGUUGUGAAUGAUAAGAAGAAAGACAAGGCUUCUGUCAUGAAGAAGAAUAAUGCUUAUGCUGUGGCAGUUGCCAAUUAUGCACCUAACAUCACCAAGGACUCAGCACUACCAACAAUUGCAAAGAGUGCAACUGCAGAGCCAAAAGAAGCCAAACCAGAGACCAAGCCACAGGAGGCCAAGAAAACAUUUAAUAGUGUAAGCAAAAUCGACAGAAUGUCCAGGAUAAUGUUCCCUGUUUUAUUUGGAACGUUCAAUUUAGUGUACUGGGCAACAUAUUUAAACAGAGAAACUGUUGUUAAAGAGAUGAGUGAUGGUGCAGCAAAGUAGUCAUUGAUGCAUUUUAAGGCAAGUGGAAUUUCUAAAGGGUAAUGAUGCCAAAUGCAACCUGUAAUUGCUAAUCUAUGUACUUUGGUAUGUUUAUAGAAAUAAGCCUUUAUUUUGUCAUGAUUCACACACAGAAGAGUUGCAAAGUCCACAUGAUCCACAACUUGAUUUAGAAAAUGAAUUGUAUUGCGGAAUCAAUUAAAGGAGAAUUGAAACAAGAUAUGGGACAUUAGUAUCGACGAGAUGUGGAGUAGGUUGUAAUGAUGAGUGGGUCAUUUUCAAUUUGAAUAUCUGCGGAAUUAACCUGAUGGAACAGACCACUCAUUCAUUGUAGACUCCAAAACAUUUGCUCCAUGGAAAAUUAUUGAAUGCAAAUUAGGUAUGAUCCAUAAUGGGUGAGCAAUCACUCUGCCUGGUUGCUACCCAGCUGGUAAACUUGAAAUUUGCUUCCACAGAGGUGUAAUGGUGAAAACUUGGGUUCAUAUGUUCAAAUGGUUUGUACCAUACAACUGUUUGCAAGGUUUUGCAUUGCAGAUACUUAAAAUCAAAGAGUUCAUAUGUUAGCACUUAUUGGUUGAAUUUAAUAAUUAGGUUACACUCCUGUCAUUUUUUUAUUGUAAGACCACAUGUUAUAUGAAAGUGUUGAUGAUUAACAGUAGUACUUAGUGAUUUUUAAUUUCCGCAGUCUAGUACACAACUGACAUCGGUUCCAGUGAAAAACUUUAACUUGUAAAAAGAAUUGUUUCUUAUAUACUGCAAGAGAUAAUUAAUGUUUAAAUAAACACAAGAAAUAGGUUUCUCAAAAAAUUUCAAAACACAACUUUAAUGUUUAUUUUAUUGUAUUUCUUCCACAUUUGUUUUGUGCUGCCAUUUUGGUUUUAAUGUUAAAUAUGACGCAUGUGAUUUGGGGAUUUGCAUGAUGAUACUGGUGCUGAGGUCGCAGAGCACAUUGUGUGACAUACCCAACAAUGGCAUCAUACAAUGCACAGACAAAGUGCCUCAGUAACCACAUUAACAUCUCUGAAAUCCAUUUUAUCUUCUGAACCAACUUUAACAAUGCAGAACCUUGAGGGAUACAAUAAAG